AUGCAUCUUCCAACCCUCAUUGGCGGGUUAUCCGCGAUUGGCGGACUGGCCCAGGCCGCUGCGACUAGCCCAGUUAUUGAAGCCGACGAUUUUAGCAUCACUGGUGCAUUGCAGGAUCUCGGGGUGGAUGUGUCGCAAAUUCCGGCAUUAGAUUCGUUCGCCGCCAUUGAGACGCGGUCAACUGACAAAGCCUGUGCAGCUGCUUGCGCAAGUUUGAGCUUCAUUUUUGGCUCCAAAGUCUCUGCUCAAGAGACUACUGGGUACAACAACUUCACUAGUUCGUUCUGGUCUGUGCAGCAAGAAGAGGUCCAGCCUCAUUGCGUUUUCCGUCCCGCUAAGAGCACGGAAGUCAGCACUGCAGUUUUGCUUUCCCGUUUGACUGGUUGCGAGUUUGCUGCUCGCAGUGGCGGUCAUGCUGCCUUUACCGGUGCUUCUAGCGCCCCUGACGGAAUCAGUAUUUGGUUCAAGGAUAUGAACGCCGUUGCCCUUAACGCAGACAAGACGGUUGCUUCUAUUGGGCCUGGAAAUAAUUGGCUCACUGCCUACGCUGCUCUGGAGCCCCAUGGCUUGGCCGUUAUUGGAGGUCGUGCCUCUAGCAUUGGUGUUGGUGGUUUCGUCUUGGGAGGUGGAAUCUCCUACCACUCCAACCUGUACGGGUGGUCUUGCGACAAUGUUGAGAGCUUCGAGGUCGUUACCGCUAGUGGUCUGAUUGUGACCGCGAGUGCAACUUCCUACCCUGACCUGUACUGGGCUCUCCGGGGCGGUGGCAACAACUUUGGUCUUGUCACUAAGUACAAUAUGUACACAAUCCCCUCUCCAGAGCUGUAUGGCGGUGCCAGGACCUUCCUCGAGCCCGAGUUUCCCCAGGUUAUCAAUGCUUGGAUCAACGUGAUCAAUAAUGCCACCGUUGACGGCAAGGCCCAGCAAUAUGUUGCCUUCCUUCGGACCCAAGGAAUGAACCUUGCCUCUGCUGAGCUGACAUACGUUAAGAACGACCCCAACCCCGAGAUCUUCAAGCAAUACAGAAACAUUUCGGCCAUUUCCGACACAUCCAGUGCCAAGACCCUUGUUGAGUACGUGGAGUACCUCGAGACCGAAAACCCAUUCGGCCUUCGCGAGGUGUACUGGCCCAUCAGCGCAGCUCUUGACGAGAGAUUCGCUAACUGGGUGGUGGACCUUUUCUACUCAAUGGUCCCUGAGGUAGCCGAUGUUGCCGGUGCCCAGCCUGUACUCAUAUAUCAGGGCAUCACCGAGCCUAUGUUGAACAACAUGAAAAACCAUGGCGGUAACCCUCUCGGACUCGCUGGCUCCUCUGGCCCUGUUCACCUUUUACACAUUUCCUGCUGGUGGAAAAACGAGUCCGAUGACAAGACUAUCUACGCGUUUGUUAACAAGUUCAUGGAGAAGGUCAUGGCCGAGGCCAAGAGCGUCGGCGUCUUCAAUGAAUAUGUCUACAUGAACUAUGCCAGCAUGUUCCAGGAUCCUAUCGCCAGAUAUGGCGCCGAUAACAAGGCUCAGUUGAAGAAGAUUGCAAAGAAGUACGACCCCAGGGAGGUUUACCAGACUCUCCAGCCUGGUUACUUCAAGCUUGAUGGUCCUCCCGUGACCCCCUCGUUCUAG